AUGCGCAGCUUUGCCGCCCUCUUGUCCGCCUUUGCUCUUGUCGUGUUCACCGCCUCGGCCGAGUCGUCUGUCUCCCCCGGGUCUGAAACAGAAGUCGACCCUUCGCCCCAGCAUGAGGCAGGGGCACAGCGUCUUGCCGCUCGCCAAGCCACUCGAGCUUCGGUCGUGCGCAUGGCGGCUCGUGGAGCUAGGCUUGCUGCGAGGGCGUCGAUAGCGGCCAAUGCCCCAUGCGGGGGAUAUGUGGGCAUCCCCUUCAUCCUCGACGUCUCAGAUCUCGGCCCAUCGCCAUACGCCACGGUGGAGGCCGGACGCCGAGGCGCCAUUUUUUUGAGUCUAUACACCUUCACUGCGAAUACCCAAGCUACAGCUUCGCGGUUGACUCUGACUCCCGAAUGCUACCUUGUUGACAUUGCGUCUGGUAACAUCGCUUCUAGUCCCAUCCAGAGACCUGACGAAACAACUCCCGGUGUCGGCAUCGGGUUCGGACCACUCAUCCUUCCAGCCGGCAGCGGUGCGCGUACCACAAUCACUUGCUCGGUCGGUGUCGACCAGGUGCUCAAUUGCAACGGCGGCUUCAAUGCUAGGGGCACUUUCAACGUAUUUACGGGAAAUGGUUUGACCAACAGCAACUCGCUCGCCCUUACCGCGGACGGGGCGCUGGCCGCCCAGCAGGCUACUUUUUCUUCUGUCAAGGUUACCAAGCCGAAAGUCAUACAGGUGGACUCGUCAUCGGACGGAGCGUUUAGAACGGCGAACUGUGACGUGCGACCUCUACUGAAUGCAUACGGGGUCUCAGAUGUGAGAUAG